AUGUUUGCGCUUGGGUGCGGUUUCCUCAAUACUUGUCGCUUUGCGGAUGUUGAUGGCAAGCUCACCGUCCGACCUGCAUCGCACAUAGAUCAGUAGGUGUACAAAUGAUACUGCUCAGCAGGAAAGGAAAUGUUUAGACUGACUUGGAUUGGUUCACAUUUCUCGUUGUAGGAGCAUACUGCAGAGAAGACAUCUUGAGAAGCGCUUAACGCGCAGCAGCGAAGGCCGCAAAUACCAAUACGCAGAUGAGAAAAGAGCGUUCUGCAAAAUCGCUGAACAAAGAAUAGAGGGGAACCCGUUGAAGACAAGCCUACGACAGACUGGUAGGUAG